AUGCGGUGCUAUAUACCAAAUGCAGCAACGAGAGCAAUUGAAGUGCUACGACUUCCUCUUUUGAUCUACAUCCAAGGUGGUAGGUUUGUCACAGAAUCUGCCUUCUCGCCAACAUACCAUGGGUUUUUGAACGAACUUGUAGCCAAAUCUAGUGUAAUCGCAGUGUCAAUUGAGUACAGAUUGGCUCCCGAAAACCUACUUCCAAUUGCUUAUGAAGAUUCAUGGAUUGCACUCAAUUGGGUUGCUUCUCACUAUAAAGGUAAUGGGGAUGAGAUUUGGCUUAACGAGAAUGUUAAUUUUGAAGAAGUGUAUUUGGGUGGAGAUAGUGCUGGUGCCAACAUUGUACACAACAUGGCUAUGCGGGUCGGGUUGGAAAAUGAUAAAUUCCCUGUCAAACUUAGUGGGGUUUUCCUAAACUAUCCAUAUUUCUUGGGGAAGAUUCCAAUUGGGAAUGAAGCUGAAGACGACAUCAAGAGAACUUUAUAUCAAAAACCUUGGCUUGACAUGUAUCCGAACAGCGAAGGAUUGGAUGACCCGAUGGUGAACCCGGCUAUGGAUCCAAGACUUUCAAGCCUGGGUUACAGAAGAAUGUUGAUUUUCGUUGCUGGGAAAGAUUUUUUGAAAGACAGAGGAGUUUAUUAUCUGGAGUCGUUGUUAAAGAGUGGUUGGAGUGGCGAUGCAGUGAUUGAGGAGGUUGAGGGGGAAGACCAUGUUUUCAAUUUGAUUCAUCCCGAAAACCCCAAGGCUAUUGAGAUGAUGAAAAAAAUUGCCACUUUCCUCCAGACGAAACAAAUAACUUUUUAA